CGAAAGGGGAAAGAGAAAUUUAUUUCGUCAUUUUAAAAAUCAACGAGGAAAAAAACUCUUUAAACGAUUUCUAUGCCUGAAGAGGAAGUGGUUAACAAGAAGCCAUCUGAGAUUAACAGGUCUUGGUUUCUGAAUCUUUUUCUCUUGUUGUUUUGUCACAUGAAUAUGCGAGCCUCAGUUUCCAUGACGUGAUCAGUAGUAAACAUGUGUUGAAUAUGGAAGCGGUUCAGAUGAGCAAGAAGAGGAAGUUUCAGACAGAUCAAUCAGAGUUAUCACUAUUACCUCUGUCGAAACAUGCUUGUUUUGACAAUGUUGCUUCUUCCGACAGUAUCAAUGGCAGAUCAGAGCUUGAUUCAAAAUAUUCAUCGUCUUGUGUGAACUCGACUGAUAUGGAAUGUGAACAUGAGAUUGAGAUGAAAGAGGAAUCAUCUGGAUCGUGUAGUGAAGACAAGAUGAUCUCUUUCGAAAGCCAUCUUGAUUUCAUCUAUGGCACCCAAAACCUAGAGGAAUUUUCAGACAAAGAUAUUGAAAACAUUCUCUAUCUUGAUGAUGAAGAAGAAGAAGCUAAAGGAUGUAGUAGUGCUGCUAAUUUUGUUCUGUCCUCUGAGAGAUGGACCGUUGACCAAGAUUCUACUCAGCAUGGCAUAAAGAAGCCUACGAUCGAUCAAGAAUUCGAGCAAUACUUCUCAACGCUAAUGCUGUGACAAAAUGAUUUUGGACUCAAAAACAUAAAUGAAGAUGUGUACAGAGAGCUGUUUUGAUUAUGUAGUAUAUUAUCAUUUUGAUUCUUGUCAACAAUAAAACCUUCAUUUCAGAGUGAUUAGAAGAGGGUUUUUGAAAUGUUUGUAACUAGAUACAAUAGUAGGAACAUAAAACACUCUGUACAGGAAUAUAAUCAACCUCGAGUCAAUAUUUUGGGUCCUUU